CUCCGACAAGCACCAUGUUCCUGCUAUUACUUGUCAUGGGGGUGAUUCCUGUAAAGAGUCAGGACCACUGGGAGGACACUCGAACAGGUAAAAUUCCUGCCUGUCUGCCAGAAACAUGUAGGAAAGGUCAGGACAUCUGCGAGUGCUUCCUGACCAUCGAACACCGACUUACCAUGAUGUAUGAAAAGGAAAAAUCGCUUGUGGUUUCUAAAGGUGGCCGGUUGUACAGAUUCAACUCUACUGAGAACAACCCGAUAGCUAACUCGGAUGACCUUCCCUUCAUACUGACCUUGGAUGGAAAUACCUCUCGUGUGGUUAUUGCCAUAAAUCGCCUGUUCCCGGGUCCACAGAUAACGGCGUACGAGGACCAGACUUUGAUCAUUCACGUCCGAAAUCUGAUGCACACAGAUAGCACUACGGUGCACUGGCACGGUAUGCAACAACUUGGAACCCCGUAUUCGGAUGGAGUAGCAAUGGUAUCCCAAUGUCCACUAGGUCACGGUCAAGAGUUUACUUACAAGUUCAAAGCUAAGCCGCACGGUACCAGCUUUUACCACGCUCAUAUCGGUGAUCAGCGCACUAUGGGGCUCUAUGGAGCUCUCAUCGUGUACCCUAAACAAGAACUCCCAUCUGCAACCGAUGAAGAGUUUGUGGCUGUGAUUCAAGACUGGAACCACGAUGAUGACGCUUCAACGUUGUAUCAGCGUAUGCUGUUUGGAGUAUUUAACCAGAAUCAGAAUCCAAAGACUCGAUACGUAACAACAAAUUCAGUUGACGGUGGUAUGUACAGCAGGUACAAAUUCCACUCAGGAAUAGUCAACGGUAAAGGCCGUUACUACCUAACACCAAGUAUGCAUAACCAGGCUCCGUUGACCGAGUUUGAAGUGGACGCUAACAAGAAUUACACUUUCCGAGUGAUCAGCGCAGCAACACUCUAUCCGUUCCGUGUAUAUGUUGAAGGACAUCCGACAUUAACUGUUGUGGCUUCUGAUGGUUUUGCACUGAAACCCAUUACUGUCGAAUCGUUCGUUAUCAACCCAGGAGAAAGGUAUGACUUUAUAUUGUUGACAAACCAGUCCCCAGAUGACUAUUUGUUGGUUGCAGAGACACUGGAAGUCGAAAGCGAAAUCGCAAGACGUGGUGAAUACCACGUGGCAGAAGCUAUUAUCCAUUACAGAGAAAAGAAGCCAAGGAACCCAAAUCCGAGCAAACCUGUUAGGAAUCGAUGUACGGCGACAAACAAAUGCGUGAUAUUUAACUGUCCUUAUCUGCUUCCAACAUCAGCAAAUGAAAGUUGUCUGACGUACAAUGACGCUAGAACAAACGAUUUUAACUCCGCCCCAGAAGAUGUUUCCAAAGUCGACCAAGAGUAUUUCUUUAACUUUGCCUUCCCAGGUGAACAUGGUUUCACACCAGGGUCGGUGAAUGGUCAUCAAUUCGUACCACCUAUAGCACCGUUAUACUCCCAGCCGGAAGACCUGACUACUGUCUGUGAUUCGAACUGCGCUGACGAUAAAAUAUGUUCGUGCACGUACACCCAGACCAUUGAGAAUGGGAAGGUGUAUCAGUUUACAUUGACCAACGUUGGGAGGGGUAAAGGGUGGUCACAUCCCGUGCAUCUGCACGGACAUUCAUUUUACGUCAUGAAGAUGGGUUUUGGCCAGUAUGAUUCUCAUGGAAUCCUGACUAAUUCAACACCGGAUAUAUCGUGUUCACGCGGAUCAAAAGAGUAUUGUAACUCUCCGAUAUGGGCUAACGAGACUUGGAAUGGAGGUAACGUGCCAAAUCUCGUUCUAAACGAUACUGCACAGAAGGACACCAUCAUCGUCCCUACUCACGGCUACGUCGUCAUCAGAUUCAAGGCAGACAACCCUGGUGCCUGGUUUUUCCACUGUCACAUCGACCUACACAACACUAACGGUAUGGGGAUGGUGAUAGUCGAAUCCCCGAAGUUGUAUCCCGCCAAACCAAAGAAUUUUCCCAUCUGUGGAGACUUUCGAAGCAAUAGCCAACCGCUAACAUCAUCUGGUUCGACUUUGAAAGACGACUGGAAGGCGUUUGUAUCUACAGUUUGGGCGGCGAUAGCUUUCCUUGUAAUCCGGAACAUACAUGUUUAAAAUAUUAUAUA